CGGGAAGCCAAGGUCCAACUUAAAGAGCAAAAAGGGCCACUGGACUGGGUAAAUGUGACGAACUCUGGCGAAAACUUAUCGGGUGUUCCUUCCGUCCUUCGAGUUACUCCUAAGCAGCUGAAACAUAACAACGGCACUGAAGGAAGACCGGCAUGGUCUUCUUUUCAAGGGAAAGUUUACAACAUCACGCCGUAUUUUCCCUUCCAUCCUGGUGGUGAAUUAGAGCUAGGGAGGGCAGCUGGCAAAGAUUGCGAGAAAUUAUUCAUGGGAAUGCAUCCUUGGGUCAACCUCGAAAAAAUGCUAGGCAAAUGCUUCGUGGGGACAAUG